AAUGCGCCCGAGUACUUUUACCGCUACCUGAAGGAAACCGAUAUCCGGUCGCUGCCCAAGCAGAUGCUCUUGCACCUGCGGAUUUGUGUGACGACGCAGCCGGUAGCGUGGGUCAAGCAGUUUGUCGAGAUACAGGGUCUGGAGGCGCUCUCGGAGUGCCUGGGGAUCCUGAACCACUCGCGCACGCGCAAGGGCGAUGACAUCACAAAGGAAAUGGAGAUCAUCCGCUGCAUAAAGUCGGUAGUCAAUAUCCAGUGGGGCGCCCAAGACGUGCUGCGGUUCCCCUCAUGUGUGCACAACCUGUGCUUCUCGAUCGACGCUCCGUCGCUUCUGACGCGCCGCCUAAUCUCAGAGAUCCUGACGUACAUCUGCUACCUCAACGUGCCUACAGGCCAUGCCGCGGUGCUGAAGGGCCUCGAUAAGCUGCAAAAGUUCCGCGAAAUGCAGAAGCGCUUUGAGCCCUGGAUGCGGGCCCUCGAGACAGCCAUCGACGGGCGGGGCCGCAUGGGCAGCAAGGUGGGUGUCUCCGAUGAGCUGCGGCAGAUGGGUGGCACCGCCGACCGCGAUCUGACAGACUAUGUCCUCUCGAGCAUGAUUUUUGUCAACGCCGUUGUCGGUGUCUCGGACGACGUUGAGAUGCGCAACCACUACCGCAACCAGCUUAAUGCGGCUGGCCUCUCGCGCAUCAUGAAGAAGCUGCGCCAGGGCUUCGACAGCCCCCUGAUUGCCCUGCAGCUCAACAAGUUUGAGAAGGACUCGGAGCAGGACCAUGCCGAUGUGCUUGAGCUGUAUAACCAGCAGAUCAUGCAGGACAUGACCGACCCCGAGGAAGUAUUCCAGGCGAUUCUUGCCCAGAUCGACGACGACGAGAGCGCACGUGAGCACUUUUUGUCCAUCUUGCAGCGUCUGCUUCUGCUGCGCGACGACUUUAUUGCCGACUCUGCCUCCGUUGCCGAGAGCACGUCGGGCCGGCCCACCAAGGCCAAGUACUACCAACUACUCGAUGAGAUCACCACCCAGGUUGUCAUGGAUAUUCGCACCAGCGACCAGAUCGGCUCGGACUACGCCUCCGAUGAAGACCGCCCGCUGGCCCGCAACACCGACUCGUUCACCAACCAGUACGGGGUCAGCGUUGCCGGUAUCAUCGACAAGUUCUCCAACGAGGAGCAGCUCGAGGAGGCCGUGCGCGAGGCAAAGGACCUGCGCGAGCAGCUCGAAAAGGUCACCAGGCAGAAGAACGAGCUCGAGCUCGAAGUGUCGCUGAAAUCAGAGGGCCUUGUCGGCACACUGAAGACAAAGAUCUUUGCCCUUGAGGACCUGCUGCGCAUGUCCCGCCAUACCAUCGAGGCAUUGCAGACCCAGAUCAAGGAGCUGCGCGACCAGUUUACGCAGAAGCUCGCCAAGCAGGACUCACAGCUCAAGCAGCUGUAUGCCGCGCUGCAGGAUGAGGCAGGCGAGCACGAUAUGCUCAGGCAGCUCAAGAACGACCUGACGAUUGAGAACGAGGUGCUAAGAAGCGGCGUGGCGCUGCAGGUUUCCGAAGAUAACCCCGACCAUGUUGUGCUCAACCACGAUCGUCUGCUGGCCGAGAUCGAGAAGCUGAAGCAGCAGCGCCCAGAUCUCAACCGCAUGACAAAGGCCCGCCAAAUGCUGGAGGAGCUGCUCUCGGAAGCCGGCCAGGGUCUGACAGCCAAACCGGCCGGUGCCAAGCCCACAGCCGCUACCUCGGCUGCUGCCAAUGUUUCCAAAUCAACUGCUGCUCCAGCUGCAGCUGGCGCUACCUCGCCGCAGCCGCAGGCAGCUAACUUGCCAGAGGGCACCAGGGUGGGCACCGUCACGAUGCAGUCGUUGAGCACUACCACCGGCAGAUUGCCUGAGUUUGCCAAGGAAUUGCAGGACAAGCUGGGCAAGCGCCAGGGCAACAUUGCCGUUGCCAAAGAAAAGAUUGACGAUGGCGGUGAUUCGGAAGCCCACUCUGCCCCUACCAGCUCUGCUCCUGCUGGUGGUGAUAUGGCCCAGGGAUCUGACUCCAAUGCAGUUCCUGCUGCCGACAGUGCAGCUCCUGCUGCUGCUGUCACUGAUCCCUCUGCUCCUACUGGCACUGCUCCCCCGCCUCCGGCUCCCCCGCCACCUCCCAUGGUUGGUGGUGCCCCUGGAUUGACGCCUGGCGCCUCCAUUGGGGUUCCCCCGCCUGCUCCGCCUCCGCCGCCCAUGGCCAGCGGCGCUCCGCCUCCGCCCGCUCCGCCUCCACCACCGCCCGUGGGCGCUACAGGGGCAAACUCUGGUCCGACCGCAUCGGCACUGGCCGGUAUCAAGCUGCGCUCGACCAAGAGCGACACACCUGCAGCAGCCCCCCCACCAGCACCCCCCGCCCCGGGCGGUCCGCCAGCACCACCGCCCCCGCCGCCUCCUGGCGGUCCGGGAGCACCACCUCCGCCGCCCCCUGCACCGGGACUUCUGGGACCGCUGCGUCGCAAGGAGCUGCGGUACAUCCCCAAGGUGAAAUUGAAGGCCCUGCAGUGGGAGAAGCUGAGCGACCAACACGUCGACAAGUCCCUGUGGUCCGAGCUCGAAUCGCGGGCUGGCAUCGACGAGAAGCACGUCCUCGACACUCUGCACUCCAAGGGCGUGUUUGAGUCAGUUGAGCGCAUGUUCGCCGCCAAGCAGGCCGUCGACAUCUUCGCGCUCCGCGAGAAGCGGCGCAAGGAGCGCGAGCAGCAGCAGCAAGAGGAGAUCACUGUGCUCGACUCGAAGCGCGCCUACGACCUCAACAUCAUGCUCGGUAUGCUCAAGAAGUACUCGUUCAAGGACCUUCGCCUGGCCCUUCUGCGCAUGGACAACUCGAUCCUGACGGAGAACGUGCUGAAGCAGCUGCUGCAGUUUGUGCCCACGCCCGAGGAGCGCGGUUUGCUGUCGGCGUAUCAGGGCCGCCCCGACCGCAAGCGUCUGUCCCGCCCCGACCGCUUCUUCCUGGAGACAAUGAAGGUCUGGCGGUACGAGCAGCGGCUGCGUGUCACGACCACCUGGGCGACAUGGAACGAGGUGUUCCGCGACCUGCAGAGCGACGUCGCGUCUGUCAUGACCGCAUCGCAUGCUGUCGCCACCAGCCAGCAUUUCCCGCAGGUGCUCGAGGUCGUCCUGUCGAUCGGCAACUACAUGAACGGCUCUGGCUUCCGCGGCGGCGCGUUUGGCUUCAAGAUUGCCUCGCUCAACCGCAUGAUGGAUACCAAGGCUGAUGACAACAAAACCACGCUGCUGCAUUUCGUUGCGUCCACUGUCGAGGAGAACUUCCCUGAUGCGCUCGAGUUUUUGCAGGAGCUGAAGCCUGUCGACAGCGGCUGCCGUGUCUCGUACGCCGAAAUGAAGGCCGACAUGGGCGACAUGCGCCACCGCCUGCACGAUGCCAAGCGCGAGCUCGACGAAUCGCCCAACGGCAACCUGACCACCAGCUCGGCCUCCGACCCCCAGGACCGCUUCCUCCUGACCGUGCGCCGCUUCCUGAUCGAGGCCAACGAGCAGUUCGAUGCACUCAACUCGCAGUUCACCGCCAUGGAAGACGCCUACAGCAACUCGGUGCUUCUGUACGGCGAGGACCCGCGCUCGAUGACGCCCGAGGAGUUCUUUGGCAUCUUCAAGACCUUCACUGCCUCGUUUGACCAGGUCAUCCGCGACAACCACCGUGAGCGCGAGCGCAAGAAGGCUGCCGAGAAGCGCCGCAAGCAGAUUGAGGCCCAGAUCGAGCAGAAGCGC